GCUAGCGAGCAAGUGGAUGCCUUUGCGGGGGAGGGCAAAGCGGCUCCAAGUAAAGCAAGCGGAAGUAGCAGCGGGCUUUCUCCGCAGCCAGAAGUGUGUGUGUUUGUGUGUGUGUGUGUGUGUGAGAGAGAGAGAGUUGGGGACGAGCUGGGGUGGGGGGGCAAUCCUCUCCCCGGGACGUUGGCCGCUGACGUCUCGCCUUCCUCCUUUGCUUCCCCUCGAAAGAAUUCCAAGUGCGUAUCCACCAUCCCAGGAAAAGCGAAUUCCGCCUGGGAGGGGGCCAGGGGGAAAUGACAGUCCCCGGCCUCUCCUGGACCAGCCCCAGAAGUGCUCGGAAGGCACGGCAGACCCCCGGUCGCCUCUGGCCGCCUUGCGACUCCUCCGCUCCCCCCUCCCCGCUUAAAACCCCAACCUUGAGACUUUGGCGAGUUGCUGAGAAGUUGGCGCGACGGCUCCGGCGCUUGGUGGCUCCCGGUCUGCUUGCCUCCCCAUCCCCGCCCCGGGCCACGCCGGGCGUGGGCUGCCUUCUCCGGCCCCAGGAACACCUGCUAACCGGGAAGAGAGCGGGACCUCGCGAAGAGCGAGGGGCCCCGCCGCUGCUUCUGCCAACUUCGAAGUCUCCGGCUUCCCUUCUUGCUGAACCCCCCAGCCCCGCUGGAGAGAUCGCGGGAGACCUAGAAGGAAGGGCCGAGUCCAUCUUGGCAGCAUCAGGAAAGAAGGAGGGGAUCCUCCCUCUCCCCCCCCCCGCCACCCCAGCCAGCGAGGUUGCUACCUUUGCAGCUUACCUGGUGCCUAAGGGGGCAUCCUGGUCUGAACACACCUUCUGCUGCCAAAGGACUCACCUUGGCCGCAGCAAGAACAUGACCGUCAAGUUGGAGAUCGCCUUGGCCGUUUGCUUACUGCUGGCGCUUCAAGCUCUGGCGAAGCAAGAAAGGCUUAUGAAACCUGAACUGAACAUCAAACGUGAUUAUAUUAUAGUGGAAGCUGGAGAUUCGUUCAGCAUAACUUGCAGGGGCUCAGCGCAUGGACUGACCUGGCAAGCUGGAGAUGAGCAGAUCACCCACAGCAAGCGGUGGCAUGUUCACAAGCAGAAGUGUUCGGACAAGCCGUGGCAUUCCUGCAGCACCAUUGGUGUUAACCGAGCUGUGGCCAACGACACCGGUUAUUUCACCUGCUUUUAUGACCAACCCCCCUUCACGGAGGAACUGAAAGCCAAGUUAUAUGUCUUCGUUAAAGAUCAGUCACAGCCUUUUGUGCAACCCCACCUAAAAUAUGCAGACCUCAUCAAAGUGCACAACUAUACAGAUGCGAUCAAUGUGCCCUGUCGCGUCACUUCACCAGAGAUCAAACCGGAGCUGCUGGUGCAUCAAUCCUCCACCCCUCUCACCUAUGAGAAGAAGGAAUGGGACCCAAAGAAAGGAUUCAUUAUCACUUCACCCUCCACUGAGUUCUUUGCUAAAAUGAUCAAGUGUGUUGUUACAAUCAACGAGAUACAAUAUGAAACAUAUUACUUGACCCAGAGAAUGGAGGCACGGAUUUGGAAUGUGGAAGUGAAAGCAACUCCCAAAAAACUCUUGGUUGGAGAAACCCUUAACUUGGAAUGCAAAGGGCAGACAUUCUGGGGUGGACGGUUAGAAUUUAAAUGGACAUUUCCAAGAAAAAGGGAAGUAAGGAUACAAAGGUAUUUUGAUCAGAGUCUCUCCGUGUACAAAGCCUCUAGUAAAGUGACUAUCACCAAUGUUACAAUGGAAGACAAAGGACAUUACAUAUGCAAAGUGCUCAGUAAGGGUGAAGGAGGCAUUGAAAUCAACACUACGGUCACAAUAUUCACACAAGCUUUCAUUAAUUUCGUAAAAAAGCGGCAACAUGUGUAUUAUGAGGCCAAUGCAGGACAAAAAGUACAGAAGCUGGCUUGGAAGGUGGAUGCCUUCCCUCCUCCUGCUGUGAUUUGGUACAAAGAUGGCCAUCAGAUUAAAGGCAAUGACUGCUAUGACUUAGAGUCUGAGAGGUACAGGAUAGUCAUCAGGGAUGUGAGACCGAAGCAUGCUGGGAAUUUUACCCUAAAUUUGAGCAACCCGAAAUAUGGUCUCCAUAAAAAUCUCACCAUCCAACUUGUUGUCCUUGAGAGACCUCACAUUUAUGAAAAGGAGACUGAUUUUUCCAGUACUGAGCUGGUGACUAAAGGAAGAGAGCACAGCCUUCAAUGCACAGCGAGCGGAUGGCCUCUGCCCUCCAUACACUGGGAAUGGGAGCCCUGCAGCCAUACAGACAACCAAUGCAACCGACGUGGAGAAAAAAUCAAGGUCCAGAAAACCAACAGACUUGAAACUCCAUAUUUAGCCAAUAGGAUUAAGGACAUCAGAAGUAUGCAGUUUAAACAUGGCAAUAUGUUAAAGGUCUUGAGCACUUUGACCAUGACAGCGAGCAACGUCUCGGGAAUCUAUCACUGUGUGGCUUCCAACAAGUUGGGCACUGAAGAGAGGAACAUCAGGUUUUAUAUCACAGACAUGCAGUCCAGCCUAGAGGCAGACUCCCAAAUGAUAGCUAUUGUGUCCAGCCACGUCCAGAUGACCUGCAAGUGUUCCAAGUACCUUUACGAUCACCUCACCUGGUACGAUCCCACCUUGCAGGAAGUCCCCACAGCUCUCACCCAGAAGAAGGUGGACAACUAUUCCAUCUCCUUAGUCCUGGACAUCCAUAAUGUUUCCCAGGCUCACGCCGGGCUUUACAAGUGCCGAGCAUCAAGCUACGAUAACCGCACCAAACAGCUGGAGAAAAGCACCAUGCUCUGCAUAAAAUUUAAGACGGUGCCUUACAUUAUGGAGAACUUUACCAACUUGGAGGUUAAUGUGAGCGGGACCAUCGUUCUGGAGUGCAAAGUCAACGGGAUCCCCCAUCCUACUAUUGCUUGGCUGAAAGAUGGCCACCGCAUUGCCCCUGCUUCAGGAAUUUCCAUGGAAAACAAUACUUUGGUGAUUGAACGAGUGAAAAAGGAUGACGAGGGUCAUUAUGAAUGCCAAGCGAUCAACGAGAUGGGUCAAGACAGCACCCGGGCGUUUAUUAAAAUAGAAGGCUCUGAAGAAAAAUCUAACAUAGAAGUUAUCAUCCUGGUUUGCACUGGCCUAGCAGCCACUCUCUUUUGGCUCCUUCUGACCCUCUUCAUACGGAAACUCAGAAAACCAGAUGCCACCGACAUUAAAACUGGAUAUCUGUCCAUCAUAAUGGAUCCAGAGGAGAUGCCCCUGGAUGAGCAGUGCGAACGUCUUCCUUACGACAGCAACAAAUGGGAGUUCCCAAGGGAUCGGCUGCGGCUGGGUAAAACUCUGGGUCAUGGUGCUUUUGGCAAAGUGGUGGAAGCGUCUGCUUUUGGCAUAGAUAAGUCUUCAACCUGCAAAACUGUGGCUGUUAAAAUGCUUAAAGCAGAGUGUGCAACGACCAACGAGUGCAAGGCCCUCAUGUCGGAAUUGAAGAUCCUGAUCCAUAUUGGACAUCAUCUAAAUGUGGUCAACCUACUGGGGGCCUGUACCAAGCCUGGAGGUCCUCUGAUGGUCAUUGUAGAAUAUUGCAAGUAUGGAAAUCUGUCUAAUUACCUGAGAGGGAAACGAGCGGAUUUCAUUAUAUGCAAGUCACCAGAAAAUUCAGACUGCUCAGAGAAAGCAUUGAAGGAGUCGAUAAGUGACUUAACAGAGCUCAUUAAGAGGCGUCUCGAAAGCGUGGCCAGCACGGGCAGUUCUGCCAGCUCUGGAUUUGUUGAAGACAAGAGUUACACAGAUUCUGAUUCAGAAGAAGAAGAUGCUGAAGAUCUUUACAAGCGGCCUCUGACUUUGGAGGACUUGAUUUGCUACAGCUUCCAGGUAGCUAAAGGCAUGGAGUUUCUGGCCUCAAGAAAAUGCAUACAUAGAGAUUUGGCUGCCAGGAACAUUCUUCUUUCUCAAAAUAACGUGGUGAAGAUUUGCGAUUUUGGAUUGGCCAGAGAUAUAUACAAAGAUCCUGAUUAUGUGCGGAAAGGGGAUGCCAGGCUGCCCCUGAAAUGGAUGGCUCCAGAAGCAAUUUUUGACAAAAUUUACACAACUCAGAGUGAUGUCUGGUCCUUUGGUGUGCUGCUGUGGGAAAUAUUUUCCCUGGGGGCUUCUCCUUAUCCAGGAGUCCAUAUUGAUGAGGACUUUUGUCGACGUCUCAAAGAAGGAACACGGAUGAGGUCUCCAGAGUAUUCCACUCCAGAAAUCUACCAGACCAUGUUGGACUGCUGGCAUAGUAUCCCAACCGAGAGACCCACUUUUACCAACCUUGUGGAACGUCUAGGGGAUCUGCUCCAGGCAAACGUACAGCAGGAUGGGAAAGACUAUAUCCCACUGAACAUUACCUUGUAUCCUGAUGGAGAGUCCAACCCGAAGAUCUGCAUCUUGGAAGAGAACGUGAGCAACUUCAUUCACCGCUGGAGUGCUAUAGAAGCAAGCAUUAACUCCAAGAACCGGCCAUUAAGUGUGAAGACCUUUGAUGAGGUGCCUGUAGAGAAGGGGAAGAUGAUACAUGAGGAUGGUGAGUCAGAUAGUGGGAUGGUGUUGACCCUGGAUGAAGUCAAGAGCCGGAAGAGGCUGGAGAUCCGGUCCUGGCCAUAUGGAAUCAUGGCUCUUGCGAGGAAAGCGAUCAACAAAAGCAAGGAAUCCGUGUUCAACGAGCAUGAGCGAGAAUCCGUGAAGUACCGUCCAAGCGUUCCGGUGGAGGACGACUUGAUGGAAGACUCCAUUCUUCUGCCAAUGGAUGCCAGCCUGGAAUGCCACAGCCCACCUCCUGAUUAUAAUUCUGUGAUCCAGUACUCAGCUCCUCCAGUGUAGUCAACUAGCCUGGGGUGACCGCCAGGUUUCUCAUCUCUGACCAUGCAGUAUUUUAAGCCAGCUUCCUGGUUUUCUUCCUGCUUAAUCCUGUCCUAAGUGGAGAAGGCAGACCGUGGUUUAUUUGCCCUUGAAGUCAAAUGCCCAUUUGGCCCCGCUGCUUGCACAGUGUGAGUGGGGAUUCUUUUAAGAGGAAUUCUUAAAGCUGUCUUCCAAGUUCUCUGGCUUUUAUUUCCUAAACCAUCCCCACAAAUUUAUAUAUAUUUGUUUAAUGCCGUGCUUGUUUCAGUCCAUCUUUUAUUGUGUGAGGUUUGCUGCCUUAAAGCUCUGAACUGCACAGCAAUUUUCCACUUUUUGGUCACUUUCAAAAGUUGCUAGGGAAAUUCCAUUCUAAACACCAAGGCUGUUGUCCAAGGAUAAUUAUCUUCCAUAUUUUAUGGAUAGAGAGCAAACCUUAGCCUGAAAAUCAGAUUUACUGCAGAACCUAAAGCAAUCUGCCAGAACACACCUUUGGAGAGACAUGCACAGAGACACCCUCAAACUGCGAGUUAUAUUUAGCACCAACCAACUUGCAGAAUGAGGCUGGGAAAGACUCUGUGGAUAACUGUCCUCAUUGUACAACAGUGUAAACCAGUGAUGGCAAACCUAUGGCACGGGUGCCAGAGGCGGCACUCAGAGCCCUCUCUGUGGGCACGCACGCCGUCGCCCCAGUCCUAGGCCUUCAGCUGGGUUUUAUAGGCCUUCGCUGCCAUG